AUGGCAGGAGUCAGAGUUUUAGCGGUUGUACUCUUAGCGUUAUCUGGUGUGGUUGGUCUUACGCUGCUUGUUCUGGGAUGUGCAUUGCCAAUGUUUGGUAUUUGGUGGCCAUUGUUUGUCGUAAUUUUCUAUGUAUUGGCUCCAAUACCGUUAUCAAUAGCUCGGCGAUCUCACGUUGACAUGACUGGUACUUCAGCAUGUAUUGAGUUUGCAUUGUUCAUAACAACCGGCAUUGUUGUAUCAGCGUUUGCAUUACCGAUGGUCCUUGCACAUGCUGGAGUGAUAUCUGGUCUGUCGUAUUUUUUCGUGUUUCUCGCCAAUAUUGUUUGUUUUGGUGCAGUUUGGAUAUAUUUCAAAGUGUUCAGCGAAGAUGGCUCACAAGAUAUGUCACUUUGGUGA